GAUAGAAUUUCAAGCCUCUCCAUCGGAUAAAGAAACACCUUGCGGUUAUAGCAUCACUGUAGAAUUUGGAUUGAUUAUCAGGCCCCUUGGGAUUCGUACACACUACGACAUUCCAAUCUCACACAAGUAGCAAAAGCACAUCCCUACACAAAUUCUCAGUACUUAAAAGCCUCUCCAAAAUGCCUUGGCCAAAUUCCCUUUCCCAACGCCCCCCAAUACCCACUCCAAGCGAGGGCACCAAAAACACCACCCCAUCACCCCCCAACUCCCAACCCAAACUCGAGGAGAAAGCAGAUCAUAAAUCUCCUCCUGCGCCAGCAUCCCCUACAGAUCCAGAUCGUCGCUUCUGCUUCAUCUCCCCCACCAUCAUAAUCCCUACAAGUACCCAACCCUCUCCACCCCCCAAACAGCUCACCGCAGAAUCACUCCUCGCACUAACCUCCCAGCCCCUCCGUCACGGCGGAGCCUGGAGCUCUGCAUCUCCCACCCGACAAGCCCGAUUCCUCUCCCAAAGCAACGAAAAAGUCCACACCGGUAGCGGUGACAUCCGCCCCAAAACUGCGCGCACAGUAGCUUGGGAGAAAUGCUGGACAUCCCGGCGCAAGAACCGAGAAAACUACAAGAGAAUCGAAGCCAUGGAAGAGCAUCUAGCGCAGAAGAGAGAAAGAGAGCGAUAUUUCAAGCCGGCGAAGAAAAUCGAGUAUCUCGAUGACGAGGGAGCAAAGGGCUGGGCUACUUGGGAGAAGAAAAAAUGGUGUCGAAAUUGAGCGAGGAUCCUGGACAGAGGAUCGAGAUGGCGAUUUUCUUUCCGAGGAACGAGUGGGAAAAUCGCAUAUAAAUGAACGAGAUGGGAAGAAUUCCUUUUUCCUUACGCAUCGUGUUAACAUCUUUUUCUCUCGUACCAUUUCAGAUUCAGAGACUGGUCUCUUUAGAAAACUGUUAGUUUUCGAAAUUAAAUACAAAAUUUGACA